AUUGAAAACCUUUUAGCACAAAGCAAAUGCCCCAUCGUGGUGGGUGGCACCAAUUACUACAUCGAAUCGUUACUAUGGGAUAUACUAGUGAGUCCAAAAGAUGCCGAUGAAAAGGCUGACACGUCCAACGCAGGAACGUCAGCAAGAAGAGAAGGCGAAGAUGCAGGGGCUACGGAAAAUGCGCAAAAUCCACUAUUUUUGCCGCUUGCUGAAAUUUCAGCCAUGUCAUCUGAGUUGUUGCAUAACCAUUUAAGGAAAAUCGAUCCGGAUUCAGCGAAUCGUAUACAUCCGAAUAACAAGAGAAAAAUAAUGCGCGCUAUCGAAGUAUAUCAACAAACGGGGCAGACCUUAACGGCGAAAUUGCAGGCCCAACGAGAACAACCUGGAGGUAAUCGCCUGGGCGGCCCACUGCGUUAUUCACACACUAUAUUGUUUUGGCUGCGUUGUAAGCAGGAUGUACUCAACAUACGUUUGGACAAGCGUGUGGACGCUAUGCUUGAGCAGGGCUUGUUGCGUGAAAUACGUGCAUUUCAUAAUGAGCAUAGCAUUGAUAAAAGUAAAACUGACAAUGCCACAACGUACACCCGUGGCGUACUUCAAACAAUAGGCUUCAAAGAAUUUAUCCCCUACUUGGAGCAGUACAACGCGGCAAAUGAUCAGAAAAUUGAAGAGUACUUGCGUUUGAAUGCGUAUAAAAUGCCAACAGAAGAGCACUUCAAAGCACAAAAGCCGAGUUCAAUAAACGCAACACAGGUUCGGAAACACAAAGUAGCGGCGCAAAGUCAAUCAGAGCACGAAAGUGAUAGAGAAAAUGAAUUUGAAUUGGGAUCAGCGACAAAUCCCAAUAAUACAACAUCGACUAUACCUCUGCCCGCUGGCCUCGAUGUGCUUAACUCGUGCUUGAAUGAACUGAAACUAGUUACCCAGCGUUACUCCAAGAAGCAAAUAAAAUGGAUAAACAAUCGUUUCUUAGCCAGUAGGGAUCGUCAAGUGCCCGAUUUGUAUGAACUCGAUACUAGUGAUGUUAAAUUGUGGCAAACAGAAGUGUACGAACGUGCUGUAGCCAUCAUCGAAUGCUAUCAGAGAGGUGAAAUAUGUGAGAUACAACCGAUGCCGAAACGUGAACAUCCAAGUGCAGGACUGAAUGAGGAGACAAGCAACUACUGUACAGUCUGCGAACGUCAAUUUAUUGGGGAAUACCAAUGGCAGCUCCACUUGAAGUCAAAUAAGCACAAAAAGCGUAAGGAAUCGCUUAAAAAGAAGGAGCGAUCAAAUGUAGUGCCACUUGGAACUAAUGCUGAAGACUUACAAUCAUAAUUGGUUUUAUAUCUGUACAUAUUGUAUAUAAAAAUUUUGA